GCCCCCCCCCCCCCGCCCCAAUCCGGCUGGAUCCUGUUGCGGUGCCGCUGGCGCUGCUGGGAUGGGGGGGGGGCAGUCUCCCUGCGCAGCGAGGCUGGCUCGCAGGCAGCCGCAGCGGCUCGCCGUGAGGCACCCAGCGUGCGCAGUAGCGGGCAGAGAGCCGCUGCAGCUCAGGGGGUCGCGGCCAGGAGCCGCUGCCGCGCAGUCUCGCCAUGCCGAAGAGAAAGGUGACGGUGGCCGACGGGGAGGCCCCCGAGGAGCCGAAGAGGCGAUCGGCGCGUCUGUCCGCUAAACCUGCUCCUGCUAAAGCAGAGCCGAAACCGAAAAAGCUGCCGGCAAAGGAUAAAUCUGAGGACAAGAAAGCUCAAUCAAAGGGGAAAAAGGGGCCUAAAGGAAAACAGACAGAAGAGACAAACCAAGAACAGACAAAGGACAACUUGCCUGCUGAAAAUGGGGAAGCUAAAAGUGAGGAGACCCCAGCAUCUGAUGCAGCAGUAGAGAAAGAAGCUAAGUCUGAGUAACAUCUGGUACCAAGUCUUUAAUUGGUGGUCCUUAUACCUUUCUUCUUGUACAAUUCAGAGGAAUAUUUUUAUCAACUAUUUUGUAAAUGCAAGUUUUUUAGUAGUUCUAGAAAACACAUUUUUAAAAAAGAGAAUCCCAACUCAACCCAUUUUUUUACAUAUUUAGAUAAGUGUAAAUGCUUUUUUUAAGUGGUAAAAUCAUGUACUGGUUGUCUGUUUUCUAUGAAACCAGAAAUUAAUGGCAUGUUACAUUAAGGAGAGGGCUCUGAAACCUUGAUGAGGCUUCACCUUCCAUAGACUGAGAGGGACAGUUUUUCUAUCCUGUUAAAUGAAGCAUAACACAGAUCAGACUUUGGAAUUCAUAACAGUAGGUUGAGAAUGUCUUAACAUUUUAGUUACUUAUCUUUAUGGUUGUACUAUCAGUAGAAUUGCUUAUCUAAUAAAACUGCUCCCUAUUGGAUUCCAUGCUCAGUGACGUAUAUCUGUGACAAAGUUAUUUUUGGUAGUUGCAGCUUUAUUUUUUUCCAACAUAUUUGUAGCUGUGAUGAGAAAGAUGGGAAACUUGUAUCUUCAAGUACUGACUUAAGUAAAAAUUUUUGCUUGGCAGAUGUAACUUGUUAUGGAACUUCACAUUCAGUUUUAAAGGACAGCUUGUCUACAAAGAUCAAACAAAAACCAUAUGAAAUUUUCCUAGAAAAAACACAGAAUUACAGUUUUUAGAUUUAAAAAACUAUGUGAAUAAAACCAAUUGUAAAAUUGUUCAUAGUGUCUGUGAUCACCAAACAAAAGCCAAAUAAAUCUUGAUUAUGAAAGGA